AUUCCACAGCACAGAAGCGAAGCCACCCUUCUCUCUCUGUCUUCGUUUCUGGAAUUUGAUUUCUCUAUCUCUGCUUCUGUGAUGGCGGGAACCCCGGCAACCCCUCUGCUGAAAGAUGAGCUGGAUAUCGUGAUACCCACGAUCAGAAACUUGGAUUUCUUGGAGAUGUGGAGGCCGUUCUUCCAGCAAUACCAUCUCAUCAUCGUCCAAGAUGGUGAUCCUUCAAAGACCAUCAGGGUUCCUGAUGGCUUUGACUACGAGCUCUACAACCGCAACGACAUUAACCGAAUUCUGGGUCCCAAGGCCUCUUGCAUUUCCUUCAAGGACUCUGCUUGUCGCUGCUUCGGUUACUUGGUUUCCAAGAAGAAGUACAUCUACACCAUUGAUGACGAUUGCUUCGUUGCUAAAGAUCCAUCUGGCAAGGACAUUAAUGCACUUGAGCAGCACAUAAAGAACCUUCUGGCCCCAUCCACCCCAUUUUUCUUCAACACCCUGUAUGAUCCUUACCGUGAUGGUGCAGAUUUUGUCCGUGGAUACCCAUUUAGUCUCCGUGAGGGUGUCCCAACAGCUGUUUCUCAUGGCCUCUGGCUUAACAUCCCAGAUUAUGAUGCCCCCACCCAGCUUGUCAAGCCGCGGGAGAGAAAUACUAGGUAUGUAGAUGCCGUUAUGACAAUACCAAAGGGGACUCUUUUCCCCAUGUGUGGUAUGAAUCUGGGUUUCAACCGAGAGUUGAUUGGCCCUGCUAUGUACUUUGGACUUAUGGGUGAUGGUCAGCCAAUUGGACGCUACGAUGAUAUGUGGGCUGGCUGGUGCACCAAGAUCAUAUGUGACCACAUGGGGUUGGGAAUCAAGACAGGUCUGCCCUACAUCUGGCACAGCAAAGCAAGCAACCCUUUUGUGAACCUUAAAAAGGAGUACAAAGGUAUCUACUGGCAGGAGGAGCUGAUCCCAUUUUUCCAGUCUGUUAUUCUUCCAAAGGAAUGCACUACUGUUCAAAAAUGCUACAUUGAACUCUCCAAGCAAGUUAGGGCAAAGCUAGGGAAAGUUGAUGAAUACUUUAUCAAGCUGGCUGAUGCCAUGGUCACAUGGAUUGAGGCAUGGGAUGAGCUCAACCCAUCUGGAGCUUCUGCUGAAGUACGCAAUGGUCCUGCAAAAUAGAAAAUUUUGAACAAUGGUGAUUACCCUCUUGUAUCUUUGACUUUCCUUUUGUCAGAGCUUCGGAGUAAUUAUUUUGCAGAUGCAAGGAUAUGUAUGCUUAUUUAUUUUUCUUAGUCAUAGUCGAGACAAUAAAAGAUGAUGGAUUUUGUUUUGAUACAUAUAUUGAGCAUUUUGAUGACUGGCCAAGAAAAUUUGUUUGGUUGUUAAGUGUUAGGUUUCUUUUUUU